AUAAAAUUCAUCAAUUAUGAAAAGGUCAAUUAAGUAGCCUGCUUCCUCAUCCUAUCAAUUUCUCGAUAAGUUAGGAGAAGGGUAAUACUAUUUAUAAAUUAAUAUAGUGCUUUUGGUUACAUUUGGAAAGUCAAACAUAUUUUGAGUGGUUAAAUAUUUGCUUGUAAACUUGUCAAAAAUUCUAUGAGAAAGGAAAAAAAAUUAUUACAAAGAGAAAUAUAAAUCUUACAAAUCCUUAAAGGUAAAAAAGGUAAUAUAAUCAUAAAAUACAUUAAGGAUUUACUUAGUUAUUUGCAUCAGGGUCUGAUUAACAUAAUACUUAUUUUGUUAUGAAUCUUAUGGGAGAGAAUUUAGAACAGUAUCGCCAAAAGAAAGGAAAUUUUCAUAAAAUUUUACCAUUAGGAUUAGAGAUUAUUAAACUUUUAAAAGAACUUCAUUUUUUAGGAGUAAUACAUCGUGAUAUUAAACCUGAGAAUUUUGUUAUGUAAGAUGGUAAAAUCAAUCUAAUUGAUUUUGGACUCUCUAAAAGAUAUAUAAUUGAUGGACAUCAUAUUCAUUACAAAGAAAAUAAAGGAAUGAUAGGAACUGCACGAUUUGCAUCAAUAAAUGCUUUAAAAGGUAUAGAAUAAUCUAGAAGAGAUGAUUUAGAAUCUUUAGGCUAUAUGUUAAUAUAUUUACAUUAAGGCAACUUACCUUGGUAUACUGUAAGUGAUCAAGAUAAAGAAAUUAGAUACUAAAAAAUAAAAAAAAUGAAAAAAGCUCUUAAAAUAGAUAAAUUUUUUGGUUUACCCAUACAAUUAUCAAAUUUUAUGGAAUAUAUAAAAAGUUUAAAGUUUGAUGAACAUCCAAAUUAUGAAUAUUUGAUAUCUUUAUUUUCACAAGAGGAAAGUGGAAAUCGUUUAGCUUUAUAAUAUUUUCAACCAAAAUCAACAAUUAAAUUAAAAUUUAUUUAAAUGUAAAGAACUAGUUUUCGAUCUCCUCCUAAAGAAAUUAAUUCAAGUAGAAAAGCCAGUUUUGAAGAAUCUUCUUCAGCUGGAUCUGACAUACAAGAAGAACUACAAGAAUCUAUUAAAUUAAAAAAUUUUAGUGUUGGAAUUAAACAACCAGCUGAUAGUCCAAUCUAUGUAAAACAUAAUUGA